ACUGCUUGCCUUGCACGUCUACGGGACGUCUUCUAUUUUGGUUGAUAUUGGUUGGUCAUAUUUAAUUUCGAGUCCUAUUUCUUUAUUCCAUUAUAGUACUGACACAGGAAAACAGUAUGUCUCCAGAAGAAACUCUGGAAAGGUUUAAACUGUUAGGUUUAAGUGAACAAAAAGCGAAAGAAACACUGAAAAACAAUAAUGUAACGAAAUAUUUACUAGCCGCAUUAGACGAGGUAGAUGUGCAGAACUUACCAGCCGGUGCAGGUAUGCUAGUGUAUCACUUGGCCACGAAAAUUAAACCUCAAAUUUUAAACCAUCUGCCAUAUGUGUGUAAAAAUAUAGCAAAUGGAAAGUUGGACUCGACUCUUAGAGUUGACGCAGCUUUGGAAUACUUGUUGAGUAAUGUGAAUGAAGUAAAUGUGAAUGCCGAGGCUUUCGAGGCGGCAUGUGGUGUUGGCGUGGUGGUCACGCCAGAACAAGUGGAGCAGGCUGUGGAGAAGCAUAUGGCCCAAUACAAGCAGCAGUUACUAGAGAAGAGGUACCGGUUUAACUCUGGGAUCGUGAUGCAGGCUGUGAGAGCAGACUUACCAUGGGCAGAUGGAAAAGCCAUUAAAAAUGAAGUUGAUGUACAGAUAUUGGAUCUACUAGGCCCUAAAACAGAAGCAGACUUAACACCCCCUCCAAAAGCUGAGAAAAAACAGAAAGGUGGUGAUUUUGCUAAAAAAGCCAGGAAAGAUGAUAAUAAAGCCAUUUCAUCUGAGAAGGUUAACACAUCAGACAUUGGUGGUGCAUCAUCUAUUUCUGAACUGAUGAAGAAACUUCCAUUCCAUGCUCCUGGAGAAAACUAUAAGACAGAUGGUUAUGUAGUAACUUCUGAUACAAAGAGAUUAUUAGAAGAACAUUUGAAGAUAACUGGGGGUAAAGUUCGCACGAGGUUCCCGCCGGAGCCUAAUGGUAUUCUCCAUAUUGGCCAUGCCAAAGCAAUUAAUAUAAAUUUUGGUUAUGCCGCAGCUCAUGACGGACUGUGUUUCUUGAGGUAUGAUGAUACCAAUCCAGAAAAAGAAGAAGAGAAAUUCUUUGUCGCUAUCAAAGAUAUGGUUGAAUGGUUAGGAUACAAGCCAUACAAAAUAACCCAUUCAUCUGAUUAUUUUGACCAACUAUAUGAAUGGGCUGUGCAACUCAUUAUGAAGGAUAAGGCUUAUGUAUGUCAUCAGAAGUCCGAGGAGAUUAAAGGAUUUAAUCCUCCACCCUCACCUUGGAGAAACAGGCCCAUUGAAGAGAGCCUACAAUUAUUUGAGGAUAUGAAAAACGGUAAAAUUGACGAAGGUGAUGCAACUCUUCGAAUGAAGAUAACGUUGGAGGAGGGUAAACAGGACCCAGUGGCGUAUCGGAUCAAGUUCAAGCCUCACCACCGCACGGGAAGCAAGUGGUGCAUCUACCCUACCUAUGACUACACACAUUGCUUGUGUGACAGCAUUGAACACAUCACUCACUCAUUAUGUACAAAGGAGUUUCAAUCUAGAAGAUCCUCAUAUUACUGGCUGUGCAAUGCUCUGGGUAUCUACUGCCCAGUACAGUGGGAGUAUGGUCGUCUCAAUGUGAACUACACUGUAGUUUCCAAGAGAAAGAUUGCCAAGUUGAUCGAUGAGAACAUUGUCAAAGACUGGGACGACCCCCGGCUAUACACACUGCCGGCGCUGCGACGGCGCGGGGUGGCGGCGCGCGCCGUGAGCUCGUUCUGCGCCGCGCUCGGCGUCACGGGCGCGCUGGGCGCCGUCGACCCCGCGCUGCUCGACGCCGCCGUCAGGGACGUGCUCAACCUCACCGCUCCCAGGGUUAUGGUAGUCCUGGAACCAUUGAAACUCACUAUCACCAACUUCCCAAGUGAGAAACCGAUCGAAGUGACAGUUCCUGAUUUUCCCAACGAGCCUGAGAGGGGCUCACAUAAAGUAGUCUUUAGCAAAGUAUUGUACAUAGAGGAUAAUGAUUUUAAAGAACAGCCAGAAAAAGGAUACAGAAGGUUGACUCCUAACCAGAGUGUUGGUUUGAGGCACGCGGGAUAUGUAUUGAAGGUUUUGAAAGUGAUAAAAAGCAGCUCUGGCAAUGUAACGGAAGUGGAGUGUACUGCAGAACCAGCCGAAACCGCGGAGAAGCCCAAGGCGUUCAUCCAUUGGGUGUCCGAGCCCGUGACAGUGGAAGUUCGACUUUAUGAACCAUUGUUUAAACACAAGAACCCAGAAGACCCCAACGAGGUUCCCAACGGUUUCCUAUCGGACUGCCGCACGGACACGCUGCGGGUGCUGCAGGCCCUCGCUGACGGCUCUAUUGCCGGCGCUCGUGUGUACGACAAGUUCCAGUUCGAGAGGAUCGGCUUCUUCUCCGUCGAUCCUGAUACCACACCGACCAAAAUGGUUUUCAACAGAACUGUUUCCCUCAAAGAAGACACUGGAAAAUGAGCUGUUUGUACCAUCAUUUUUAUUAGAUACACCUUAUUUAUUAAUCAGUAAUAAAGUUUAUUUGAAGUUUAUAAAUUUU